AUGAGGAUCACCAGAAGCCCCCAGCUAGGCCUGUUGGCCCUCAGCCUGCUCUGUACCCUCUUGUCCCUUGCUCAGUGUCUGACCUGUGAGGUGUGUAAGCACUCAGGACCCUCCUGCAAGGGCAAAUUGAAACUCUGUGAGGCCGGGAAGGAUGCUUGCCUAAUCGUUGUGGGGUUGUCCACCACAGGGGGCAUAGAGUCCGUGGACACCUCCAAAAGCUGCAUGAAGUACAAGCACUGCUACUCAGGCUUCAUCUCCACCAGUCUGGGGCAGGAGGAACAUAUGGUGUCCAACUCGUAUUGUUGCCAGGAAGACGGCUGUAACAAGGGCAGCAUCCCGACCCCAAAGAACAAUAGCACACGGAACGGACUCCGCUGCCCAGCCUGUAAGGCCACCUUCCGCGAACAUUGCUCCGGGAAGGAGCCGGUCCAGUGCGUAGGGAACGAGACACAUUGCGUCUACUUCGCGGGGACAGUGUAUGCAGGCAUCGUCAGAACCAAAUUUGCCGCCCGUGGAUGUGCCAGUGAGAGCGCCUGCAACGCCCAGGUUGGUGGUGAGGUGCCCUCGGUGACUUACACCUACGAACUUCGGAGGGCCGACUGUGUCCCUGCCCCACAACCCCCUGGCUGGGCAGAGAAAAAACUCACCCUCUCAGUCCACUGAGCAUCGAAUCUGGAGCCCAUCCCAAACCCUAUCCUCACCCUCAAGCUCCUCUUGUCACCAAAUUAAACCAGUUGCCCCAGACGAUCGACUCUGAGUAUGUCUCCCGGGAGUCAGCGGCAUCACGGUGGGUGUAAGGGAGGAGGUAGAGACGAGCAGGGUCUCAGGUCCGGGCCUAGGAAA